UCUCAUAGUAAAGACGUCGAACUUUAUUCGCCAAUUUAUCGAUGUGUUCUAAAUUACAAGAAAAGCCAGUAAUCUUCACAAUAAAAAAUUAAUCGUUGCUUUAAGUUGAACUAGAGAACCACGUAUGCCAUGUAUAUGGCCACGUACGUAGUUUCUUAGUGCGGCAUCCGUUAACGAGUGUCAUAACCUAUAACCGUAUCUCUCCCACAUACAAUUUUUUUCUGACAUCAUUGUCGUCAUAACUUUGUGUCCUCUACUCUAAACUAAUAUUGUUUAUUAUGUCGCUGGAUGAGAGAUUUAACAAUGCAGCUACAGCAGUAAGAGAAUUGGCUGCACAACCAGAAGAUGAAGACUUACUCGAAUUGUAUGCUCUGUAUAAGCAAGCUACCGUCGGUGAUUGUAACACAGAGAGGCCAGGAAUGUUGGAUUUCAAAGGAAAAGCAAAAUGGGAUGCUUGGAAUGGUAAAAAGAGCAUGGGACAAGAAACGGCAAAAGAGAAAUACAUAGCUAAAGUAGAGGAAUUAAUCGCUUCAAUCGGAAAAUAGUUGGCUCAUUAUCAUGUGUAUACGUGCAUAUAAAUAUUUGCAUGUAAUCGCGUCCAAUUGUUUAUAAAACACUUUUUCACUAUUGAUGGGAAGCAUCCGAAAUAUGACACAUUACGCCUAUAUGAAUGAUCGUGUACCGCAUAUAGAUAUAGUAACAAUACUGAUUUUCUAUUAUUUAGUAGUAACACUACAUGCACUUUCUUUGUUUCGUUUAUAAAUCUUGUAUUUACACGAUUAUUAAUCAGUAUAAAAACACUACUCGCAUA